AAACAUCUAACUGGUUGCCAUGGGUUACUGUCAGGUGCAAAUUUGCCCAGUGUUUAUAAAUGACCCCUAGAUGAGAGGUAAUUGCAAGACUCCAUCUGUGGCCCCUGUCUCAGAAAUCAAAUGAUUACAAAUUUAAUAAGCAACACCUAAAAAUAGCUCCUAGUCUGUCAACUAGUUAUUCGUAUACCAAUAAAGAGUUGCAUGGGAGUUAUUUUACUACUGACGUCAGUUCUACAUGUAAAAAACAUUGCCAGGCUGCGCUUACUAUUUAGGUUAUUUGCAUAAAACAAAUAACUAACCUACUGCAAAUUUAACCCUUUUUUUGCUUCAUUACUGAAAAUGGCCUAUACACAGUACAAUGCUAAAUAAUCAUUCUGUUACAUUCUUUUUUACAAGCAGUUUAAUUGUAAGCACAUAGACCCCUGGACACUCAAGUCUCUCUCCUAAUUCCUUUUGAUGUGUGCCAGGGAAGUUUAAGAUUUUAACUUAUCUAAGGUUUUCACAGGGACCACUUAUUCUAAGAAUAAUUAUGGUCUAAACCCAGAAAUGAGUCUCCAUGAUCAUCCUAAAUAAUAUGAUGCUUGUUCCUACAAUGAAGCACUGUAAUUAAAUGAAGGAUUAUUGCAAGACAUGGCUUCAAACUAUAGGUAUGAUGGGAUAAUUGACCAAUCUGGAUUCAACAAGAAAGCAGUCUUGGUAUAUUUCAAGCAGCAAUGGCUCUCUCUGGUUUUACCAGCCCAAAAGACUCAAUAUGUAAACCUGACGUACAUAAUGUGAAGCAGGCUGGCCCCAUGUUCAAAAUGGAAACAACUAACAUCUCGGUAAAAGAUUUUAUGAGCUCUUUGAAUAACUAUUUGGAAACACCUCUGACAUCAAAACAGGAAGCAAGUGUAAAUUGUGCCUUUACUUUUCCUACAAGCAUUAGGCAGCUUCUCCAGUUGUAUGAAGUUGAUCCUAUUGAUCUACUUCUUGAUCUGGGAUUUGGUGUAGAUGAACCUGAUAUCUGUACAAAAAUACCCUCUCGGUUCAUUAUGAGCCCUUCUGGAGCCAGAGGAAUCAACAUUCACGUCUUUCUCGAAGCUCAAAAACAGCGUAUGGAUAUUGAAUGCCCAAAUCUCUGUGGUCGUUUCCGUCAGUUGGAAGUCCUUGAACAGGUAACAAGUGCUUUUUCAUCUUUACUGAAAGAUGUUAACUUAGCUAACUCGGUACAGGAUGGUGGCAAAGGAGAAGUCAUGCUUACCAGGAAAUCAGCGCUUACUCAGGAAAAGAGAAAAAGAGUAUGCCAAUUGCUUUGUAAGUUUGCCAAGGAAGCUAGGGGAAAUGAGGCGAGCUCUGGGUGCUUGGAUAAGGAGGAGUCUUGUAAAGUCCAAGUUGAUGAGAAUGAAUCAUUUAAAGAAACAAGUGGCAAAAAAGUUUUCAGAAAAACAAGGAAACGUUGUCAUGACACUGGCAAGGCAAUGCUUUUAACAAAUGGAGGAAAAAAAGAAGAGAACAAGAUAAAUGUCCUGACCCAAAGAAAGGAAAACCAACAAUGCUCACCUCUUCAGUCUUCUGUACCUGCACCUUCUAAACAAUGGAGCACCUCCUCUGAUAUGCCCAGGAUGAACAGACCAUACAAAAGUUUAAGGACACGUUCCAAAUCCCUAAGAAAUGCAGCUGCCCUUAGGAUCCAACCUCCAGACUCAUUUGAACUGGAAGAGGUUCAGAGUUUUGAAGAAGAAUAUCCAAGAGCAUUCAACUAUGACAGCAUCUCAGAAAUUACAAGGACAAACAGCUGUCAGUCUGACAGUAGUGGCUUUCAAGAGGAACCAUUGGAAGCUUUUCAUUUAAAGAAUCUCACCAAAAGCUUUAGCCUAAGUUCGGAUAGAAAUGAUAGUGAUGCAACUGUAAUAGAGGAAAAGUACUGCCAAGAACACUUUAAUGAAUCAAAUGACAUGAGCCAUAGCACUUCAGAUAAAGAAUAUGAAAACUGUUCAACGUUACCCCCUGAUGGCAAAAAUCAGAUGAACAAAGGGGAAAGGACAUUGUCGAAAAGUAGUAAAAACAGCGAUGAUGUCUUUGAAAGCUUUGAAAGUGCUUCUGAUUGUUUUUUCAAAGACGUAAACAACGACAAUGAUAAAAAGGACCAUCUUCCACAAAAAGAUGAGAUAAAAACUGAAAGUGCCCACGAGGAUGAGAAAAUCCCAAGAGAAUCCCAAGAAGAACAUCAAGUAGAUACCUUCUCAGAAGCAGAAUACCCAGUUUAUAUCACACAUUAUCUAAGAAAAGAUAUAGAAAAUGACAAUAAACCUUCUGUUGUUACUCAACAGCAAAUGGACAACUCAAAUGAAUGGGUAAGUGAGUGUCCAGACACAAGUAAUAACAUAGAUCAAUUUGCUGACAAGUGUAGUGAAACUUCUUUGGAAUUAUUAGACCUGAAAUGGACACCUCCACCAAUAGACAACUUCCUAAACCCUUCAUCACUAAUGCUUCCUGAAGGACAUGAUGAUUUUCUUGACAAAGAAUCAAAUUAUCUCUAUGAAGAUAAGAAGAAUGUAUUCCAGACAGAAGUAAACACCAAUAUUUACAAGUCUGUAACUAUUCAAAUGUCUUCUGAUUUAAAGCGAGACAUACAAAACACCAAUAUGAAUGCAUAUUUAAACAAGCAGCAUGUGCUUCACACUUUAACGAGUGGCAGCAUCGAAGAUGAUGUUUUGGAAAAGAAGGAAGCAUGCACUCAAACUGAGAUGGGGUGGCAAGGUGAAUACUCCCCUAACCCUCACCAUUUCCUUCACAGAUGUGGCUUUCCCACAAGGUCAAAUUCUUUUGACAACGGCCCUUUUGACUUGCAUCUUCCAUGCCACCAAGUAAUGAGAGCUUGCAGGCAUUGCUGUUUUUGCUGCUGUCAUCACCACCACUGCUGCCCUUCAAGAUAUCCUUCAGUUUAUGAAAACCCCACACUUUUGAGGUCUAACUUAACUCACACAAGCAUGGAGACUGAGCUGACAGAUACUUUGAAGAUGUUAAGAGAGUCACUUACUAAUAUCUCACUGCUUAGUGAUUAUGAUUCAGAAUAUAUGAAAAAAGCAUGUCAGAGAUAUCGAGAACAGUUACUAGAAAUUGAGCAGCACUUGACGGAGCAACAAGCAGGAUGGCUAAAUAUGUACUCAAGUGAAGAAAGGGAAGAGAUCAGAAGAUUGUUUUUGUUACGUCGAAAUGUUCUACAAGAAGUGUCAGAGCUGGAGCAGCAUUUGAAUGAAAGGGCACAGCAUGUUAAGGAAACAAUUUCAAUGCAACUUGAACAGGUCCUGGAAGAGCAAUCAAAGCUAUAUUCAGACCUUGGAUUAACUAAGAGGAAAAAAGAAUGUGAUUCUUUCAGUCAGAAUGAUAAUCCUCGUGGCAGUUUUACACUAUCAGCAUCAACUAAUUAUGAAAACACUGAAGUGGAAAAUGCAAGUUCUCUUGAUAUGGAAAACAAGAAUGAAGAACAAACAAAACCAUCAAAAAUGGAUUUUAGUGCCAUUCUAUAUAACAUCAAGAAGACUUUCAGAAGCUUCAACAGCUCUUAAAAAAUGAAGACGGGGGAACAACUGCAAAACUUCUGAAGUUAACAAUAGCUGCAAUUACAUAUUCUCUAAAUCAUGUGUGAUGCUCACAAGAGCACUGCUGUGCAAUGUUGCCUUACUACAUGUCAUUGUGCAGAGAAAGUAGUAUCUUGAUCAUAAAACAGUUGGUUUGCUCACAGGAAACUGAUAGCACUGACCUUAUUAGCCUAUUUCUGGAUAUCAUCCAUCCCUCCUGAGUUUCUUCCAGAAGAAGACAAAUCCAAUUAGUUCAUGCAUUUCUAUAUAAAAAUACAUUUUAUGUUCAAAGUCAUUUAAGAACCCUUAUGUAAAUAUACAUAGCGUAUGAUAAAAAAAAACAUUUGUAGUUCUAAGUUAUAUAUUUAUUUAUACACUACACACACAUUCCACCAGUUUGUGCAUAGAGGUUAGACAUUUCAUGAUCAAUGGACAGUUUUAGUAUCUGAGACUUUUAUUUUUAAAGUUGGUUAGUUAUAUAAAUGUUAGGAAUCUUGUUCAGGUAAGUCUCUUUGACAGGAAUAGCUACACUGCCAGUUGGAAGACACACUUGUUGUCUCUCUAGUAGAAAGGAACAAAAACUAUUUAUUAUUUUUAUGGAUUAUAACUAAAUGUUACAUACUGUAUCUUUUAAAAUGUCACUCAAGCAGACCUAAUUAUUUUACUGCACUACACAAACUUCUUCAGUCUUAUCAAAGUAGAAUAGAUGUCAUAGUUUAGGGAACAGCAGAUGACACUGCAUCUGUUGUGUAAUGGAUGUUGUAAGCACUGUGUUCAUUGUGUGUUUCUGCCAGCUCCUUUCAGCUAGUGGAAAAGUGCCAAAAAAUGACACUUACAACUUAUAUUUGCUUGAAUGGAAAGUUCAUGACUACACUGUCAACAUCCACUGCUCACUGAAUUAUAUUUGCACCUUUUCCACUUAAGCGAAUGGAAGGUAACAAAGGUGUUAGGCGCAUCUGUUCUGGCUGAAAUAUUCUAUUGGGGAAUAUGCCCUGUGUAUCAGCCUACAGCAGUAAUAGUUUAUUUACUGCAACCUUUCUUGUUUUGUUAUGGUGUGUCUAUAGUUAAUAACUGUGUAUGAAGCAGAACUAUUUUGUAGAUUUUAUACAUUGCACUACUGAGCAUGCUUUUCUAUUCUUGCACACAAUAUCUUAUUAACAAACACAGAAGUCUAUAGGGAAAACAUAAACACAAGUUGGUGCAGUUUUAAUAUAGCCACAUUGAUACAAGCACAAGCUAAACAGGCUGUGAAAGAAGCACAUAAUUAUGUAUUAUAAGUCUUUUUUGUAUUUAUUUAAGGGCUAUAUUAGGAAGUUAAUGUGCUUAAAUGUUUCUUUUGCUUUGUUACCCUCAAGCCAUUUUUAGAUUGUAAGGUUUUGGGCAGGGCCGUCUUCCCCUCCUGUAUCAGUUAUUGGUUGCUUUGUAAGUAAUUCUGAAUGUUAAAUGUAUACACCCAUUUAUUGUAUAGCACUGCAAAACAUGUUAAAACCACUAAUAAUAAUAAUGACAAAUCUCAAAUGAUGUGAUCGUUUUAGUGAUAUAUGUGUGACUACCCUACCACUGGUGUAUCUAUUGCCAUUUUGGAAACCAGUUUGGUAUCAGUACCAGCAGAUCACAGUAGGUCUGCCAAGAUGGAAAAUUCAGAAUGCCUACUGUAUGUUUCUUGUCAUUUGUAUACGGAUCAACAAACACUGAAGUAAGAGGGUCUUCAGCAUCCUUACACUUUCACUGAGCUUGUUCAAGGUAAAGGCUAUGUACGUCCACACUUACAAUAGUCUUAUCAGUCACUAUCUUAGAUGCCUAUUCUAGGUGGUCUAAUGUCUUUAGGAACAUAUGGCUAGCCAAAAUCAGUUCCACAGAUCUAGCAGCAAUGGGGACAUAUAAGUCUAUAUUUUUGUAAAGCCUGUACAAAGAUAUGUAAUGCACUGUUAUUUAAAAACUGCUAUUCCCCUGCACUAAGCCCAGUUUAGUAGGAAAGCUUUAUGUUAUUGUGUAACAUGGUAUUCAGAGUUGCAGUUUUAUUUUUUUUAAUUCUCCUAUCGAAUCUAACCAAAACCUCACAAAUAUUACAAAUAUCCAUUCCUACACAGAGAACGUUUUUACCUUUUGAGGACUGCAGUAAAAGCAAAGUUUUACUUUGUUAUUCAAUUUAGACUAAUGUAUUUUUUUAAAUAAAGGUAUGGAGUCUGUUAUCCAGAAUGCUCAGGAUGUGGGGUUUACCAGAUAAGGGGUCUUUCUGUCAUUUGGAUCUCCAUUUGGAUCAUCUUAAAAUGAAUUUAAACAUUAAAUAAACCCAAUAGAAUUGUUUUGCCACCAAUAUGGAUUGAUUGUAUCUCAGAUGGGAUCAAGUACAAGGUACUGUUUUAUUAAUACAGAGAAAAAGGAAAUUCUUUCAAAAAUAGAAUGAAUUGAUUAAAACAGAUCUUUAUGGGAGAUGAUUCCUAUAAUUUGGAGCUUUCUGGAUAACAGGUUUCCAGAUAAUGGAUCCCAUACCUGUAUAUACUUUUAUUGUAUCUGAAUAGUUAUUAAAAGCAAUAAUGAUGCCAAUUCUAACCAUGUUUUAAUAAUUACUUGAUAAAGUGUUUGGUGUGAUUUUCUUUACAAAGCAUACUAAAAGGUAGAGCACUGUGACUGUAAAUCUUAUUCUAGUUCAUACUUAUUAUUAUUGAAUCAUUUCACUAAAGCCAAUAUUCACUUUGGUUCACCAAAGUAGUGCUGUAGAUUAUUUGCCAACUUAACUAUAUUUAUAUAGUUUUGUAAUCUCUUAAUAUGCAAUUGUCUUUAAUGAACAAGCAAGUUUGAUCAACUAAAUUUGAUAAAUGAAAUAUUUUGAUCUAACAUGCCAGAUUAAAAAUGUUUGGUUAUUAACUGUAAUAAAAAUAUGUGAGCAUUA